UUCCCUCGGGUGGUUGCUCGCGUUUCUCGUCAAGCAACCAUGACAAAACCGGAUGAAGUAAUAACUAUGUACGAAUCAACAUAUUCACAAAAACAACAUCCGAUUAGCGAUGACAGUGAGACGACAUCAACCUCAUCUAGUGAAGAGACCGAAACGCUGGAGAAAGACACCGAAGUACCAUCUGAGGAUAUCGAGUUUAACCCGUUCAUCGAUGAACUCAUCAUAAGACUUAUGACCGCUAAACCAAUCCGUGACCCUUUGAUGCCCGCUAGAGUUAAACGUGACGACUUACCAAUAAUGGUGUGUGGUGAUUUACAUGGUCAAUUUCGUGAUCUUCGAACCAUAUUCUAUGCUUGUGGACCACCACAAACGCAAACAUAUUUGUUCCUUGGGGAUUAUGUCGAUCGAGGAGUUCAGGGAUUAGAGACGAUCUCGUUGGUACUAUGUCUAAAAAUCAAAUACCCGACUCAAGUAUACAUGUUACGAGGUAAUCAUGAAGAUGGUAAUACUUCAAUGUCGUAUGGCUUUUAUGAUGAAUGUGUCAAUAGGUUCAAUGCAUACAAAGAGGGCGAUCGAUUAUGGCGAAAAUUCAUUGAUGUGUUUAAUAUGCUGCCACUAGCAGCACUGAUCAACAAUGCAAUUUUCUGUGUUCAUGGUGGACUGUCACCAUUUUUUGGUGCAUUUGAUGAUAUCGAUAAGAUAAAACGACCAUCAAUAAUACCUCCAUUCGGUCUGAUGUGUGACUUGGUCUGGUCAGAUCCUGACGAUAAACACGACGGAUGGUCGAUGAGUCAACGUGGUAUAUCGUUUACAUUCAGUGAGAAUGUGGUCAAAGAUUUCUGUCGUAGAAAUAAUAUCGAUCUCGUCGUUAGGGCUCAUCAACUUACGGGCGAAAUGGUCAAAUAUGGUCAUAAAUUCUUCGCCGGUGGACGCCUUUUGACAAUAUUUUCGGCACCGAAUUACUUAAACACAAGAAAUGAUGGUUGUGUGCUACGUGUUUCAAAGAAGGUUAAAGUUAUCAGUGAUUACACUUUAACAUACAAGCAGUUCAGUGUUACCCUCGAAUUAAUUUGA